UGAGUAUCCCCGCCUGUCACGCGGGUGACCGGGGUUCGAUUCCCCGCCCUGGAGCUUUUUUAAUUUUGCCAAUUAAAGUCUACAGCAUUAACGAUCACCGGUGCGUCACGCUAAAUUAAUAUUUUAUGGAAUAAAAUUGUUAAUUUUACUAUUAAGUAAUGGAAUAAUUAAAGUAAUUUCAUAGUUCAUGUGUAAGGUUUAACAUUUUGCUUUAAAUGAAGAAAACUCCUGUUUAUCGCAUUUAAACUUAAUAUUUUGCAUUUAAAAUGGAAUCUAAUUAUAAAUUUAGUGUAUAAAUUGAGUUUAAGGUGAAGAAACUGAUUACAAAAACGACUUCUUUAAUUACACAGUAACGGAUUUACUGAGUGACCCGAGUUACAUGGAACUCUUAAACCAGGGAUAUCCCCGUAAAGAAAGUGUUUACAUUUCAUCAAAGGAUUUUGACAGUGACCAGAAAUUCAAAUGUUUGAGAAACGGCUUGAGGGAGAUUGUAGAUAUCAUAGAAACCAACGAAGACUACAAGUACCCGUGCCUAGCAGAGGCCUGUAGCCUUUUUCAGAAUUUCCUAAUAACUCUAACAAAGUUAAAGGAUAAAUUACUCCCUGACAGAUCUGGGUUUUUCUCGAGCAAGUGGGUGGACAUUGCAAUUGAGUUUCAACUCACCUGCGAAUACGUCUUUCUAAGCUACGUCAAGGAGGAAUACUUACUGUCCUUCCUCCCACUAGUUCCCAACCAACUUGAAUACACCUCCGCCAAACUCAGGAGCAUACACCAGAUGACGCAGUUUGAGUUUGAGGAGUUUAGGAACUUGUUUACGCUUAUUGCCAUGGGAUUCAUUGGGAAGUUGAAGCUGCUGACGUUCUGCCUGAGUUUAACAAUCAUUAGCUCUGAAAAGCUGGGAAUUGACUUGUCUGACGCCGAAAACUUUCGUGAUAAUUUAACUGGAUCCACGUCUGCUUCAAGCACUGGUAGGUCAUUUACUGAUUUUGCGUACUCGAGCACGCCCUGUGAGGGGUUCUACUCUGACAAGUAUGCAAACUACGAGUUCAAGACUGAGCAGGAGGAAAACAGAAACCAAAUGCUUAAUGAAAUGAUCAUGAAUGUUUACAACGACCCUGUCUACGCUUCUAAUUGCUGUUAUCCCUGCGGAGACUGCUUUGAGUCUACUCUAGUGCCUGGUUCUGAGUUACUUAGGGUUAAGUUAGAAAUGAACUCAGGCACCGACGUAUCAGGGCUAGAGAAUGCAAUGUACGGUCAAAACGAUGAUUUGAUGAAUUUGUCCGUUUACCAGACCAGAAAUCCUGACUUUGAUCGGACUCAAAUGGAAGACAUGGGCAGCAGUUGCAGUCAGGCAGACAGUUCCGUACCCAUCAAGGAACCAAAAAAACGCGUAAGACCCAGGAAAACAAUUUCUUAAUUGUACACAGAAACUCUUAAGUAUACUCAGUAAACUCUUAAGUGUACACAGUAAACUCUUAAGUAUACUCAGUAAACUCUUAAGUGUACACAGGAAAC